UCCCGAGGCUGCAGCCAUUGCAUCGCGGAGCAUCCCGCAUUCAACAGGAGGGACCCGCGGCCGAGCCAGCCCCGAGCCCCGGAGCGCCAUGGCCAAAGAAGGCGCGGAGAAGGCGGAGGAGACCGAGCAGAUGAUCGCCAAGGAGGCCGGCAAGGAGCCGGCGGAGGGCGGCGGCGGCGGCUCGCACCGCCUCGGGGACGCCCAGGAGAUGCGCGCCGUGGUGCUGGCCGGUUUCGGGGGGCUCAACAAGCUGCGGGUCGCCAGGAAGGCCAUGCCCGAGCCGCAGGACGGCGAGCUCAAGAUCCGCGUCAAAACCUGUGGCUUAAACUUCAUUGACUUGAUGGUGCGACAAGGGAAUAUUGACAACCCCCCCAAGACACCCCUGGUACCCGGGUUUGAGUGUUCCGGGAUUGUUGAGGCUCUGGGGGACAGCGUGAAAGGAUAUGAGAUUGGAGACCGGGUCAUGGCAUUUGUCAAUCACAACGCCUGGGCAGAGGUGGUCUGCACCCCGGCUGAGUUUGUCUACAAGAUCCCGGAUGACAUGAGCUUUUCUGAGGCUGCUGCCUUCCCCAUGAACUUCGUCACGGCCUACAUGAUGCUCUUUGAAGUCGCGAACCUUCGAGAAGGGAUGUCGGUGCUUGUGCACUCUGCAGGCGGCGGCGUGGGCCAAGCUGUGGCUCAGCUAUGCUCUACUGUUCCCAAUGUGACCGUGUUUGGAACAGCUUCGACUUUCAAGCACGAAGCCAUCAAAGACUCUGUGACCCACCUCUUUGACAGAAAUGCAGACUAUGUGCAGGAAGUGAAAAGGAUCUCUGCAGAAGGAGUAGACAUCGUUCUGGAUUGCCUUUGUGGGGACAACACCGGAAAGGGUCUCAGUCUCCUCAAGCCACUGGGCACCUACAUUCUUUAUGGUUCAUCCAAUAUGGUGACUGGAGAGACCAAGAGCUUUUUCAGCUUUGCAAAAUCCUGGUGGCAGGUUGAGAAAGUGAACCCCAUCAAGCUGUAUGAAGAGAACAAGGUCAUUGCUGGCUUUUCUCUUCUAAACCUGCUCUUCAAACAGGGCCGCGCUGGCCUCAUUCGAGGUGUGGUGGACAGACUGUUUGAGCUGUAUGGCCAGAAGAAGAUCAAGCCCGUGGUGGACUCUCUAUGGGCCCUGGAGGAGGUGAAGGAGGCCAUGCAGCGGAUCCACGACCGAGGAAACAUCGGGAAGUUAAUUCUGGACGUCGAGAAAACCCCCACCCCACUGAUGGCAAAUGACAGCACCGAGACCAGCGAGGCCGGAGAGGAGGAGGAGGACCACGAGGGAGACAACGAGAACAAGGAGCGCAUCCCCUUCAUCCAGUGAGAGCCAUGGAAGAGAGGAGCUGACGGGGACGCCCCUCUUGGGCCCCCCCUCGUGAACAAAUACCGUAGUCAGUGCGUGUCGUGUUCGUCUGCAGUCAGCUGAGCUUAACACUGAAGCUGUUGAUCAUUGUUGUUUUUUGAAAUUAAGUGCCAAAUCCCAUCCCAUGCAGUAUUAGGGUUCCUCCCAUUCUGGGCAAACCCCUCUCCCCUCCUUCAAAACCUCUUUGGGGUCCUUUGCGGCAAGUCUAGAACAACCUGGCAAACCCAUGCACCAGCUCACAGGCCCAAGGUCUACAAAGACCAGACAAGGGCCGAGACAGGUAAUAGGGAAGGUUACCACAGCCACCACACGCAGGGUGAGGAUUCUUUUGGGCCAAAAUGACAUUUGUCUGCUGCUAGUCACCCACGCAUGUGAUAAGAAUGGGCACCAGGUGAGGAAAGGGCAAGGGGUGUCUCCCCAAGCCACCCAGUCCUCAUCAUUGGGGACACCCACCCCAGAAGGCCAGUGCACCGUCUCUAUCCGUCCCAUCUGGUGGAGGCAUUGGCUGGUUCUGACUCACAAACACAGAUUAAACUUGGUCCCUGUGCCCUGGGCCCACCCAGCCAUUGAAGAUUUCUCUUCCCAAAUCCCAUCUCAAGAGCUGCCCCCCCCACCCAUGCUGGCCACAGUUGAUUUUCGCUUUAUUUUUGGUUUUGUUUUUUUUUUUUUAAGACAAAACACCAUGUAUAUCAAAAACUGUGACUCAAACCUGCCCAUGUAUGCCCACUAGCUACUGGCAUGUCCAGUUGUGUUAUCCCUAUUCACCCCUUUAUUGGAACACCUCCCUGGUUCCCCUUGUAGGAUGAAAAAUCCACUUGUAUCUUUCUUGUUGUUUUUCCCAAUCCUGUCCCAAGCUAGAGACCAACUCUGAGGACACCCGAGGCUGAGGUACCACAUCUGAUACCAAAUGAACCUAAAAUCAUGGUGCAGACUCUUGGUUGGGUUCCAGCUCUGUGAAAUAGGGGACCCGACAGCCCUCGUUCCUGAUUGAACACCCAUGCUGAAUUUUUUCUACUGCUGCCUCCUAAGAAACUGCCUCUUCCUCUCUUAGUGUGGCUUGUGGGGUAUAGCCACUCCACAGGAAGAAACAUGAUAUUUCCACAGGCUGGUUCCUCUUACCCUCUUCCUUAACCCAUUUGGCUACAAGGUUGACUCCAUCCCUCACAACCUGGCACCUAAGGAGGACUCACUACCAGCACCCAA